AAGAGUCACAGUAUUAUUCGCGAGUAUGGUAGUAUCAACCACACGGCCACUGUUACAGGACUACUGAGGGGGUUGGAUUCACUGGAUCCCGAUAACUCCUCUCCAACACGUCACUUGUGAGAGAUACAAAGGCAGGGUCCAGAGCAAGCAUUUAUUCUUGCUUAUGAAUAGCUCAGGCGCAGCACAUAAUGGUCAUAGGGUUGGAGAUACGCCAGGCAAAUCUGGACCAUUUCAACCGAUGGCCUUACCGGUCGAAAGAUCAACCGAACGAAGCUGGUGGAGAAAGUGUUUACCUAGCCCGUCAAACAUCACAAUCAGCUACGUCGGCUAAUGGAGUGUCUGCUAUCAACGGUAUCCUUGGUGAUGCGCGUAACGCGUUGGCCGAGGGUCUCGAUGCAGACAUUGUUCGAUUGCCGGACAUGAAUAAUCUUGCCGGGUCUCCAGAGUCGUUGACUACGAACAUAACGACAACUGGGUCUCGUUCUAGCCAGACGCAAAUCCGAAUCAUGACAGCAACAAGUCUGUCAGAGGGGCAAGCUGAAAACCAGCCAUACACAUCGCCUAGUCUCUCUUAUAGAGCCUCGACUACAUUCAAACGAAGAAGGGCGCUGCAUGAUGUUGAUGGACCUGGUACUAGCCAUAUGUCGUGCAAGAAGCGGCGUCUACGCCUCCAGCUUGUCACUUCGAGGUUAUCUCAACCAUUUUCCUUACCUGCCACACACAUCCUCAACCGCGAAUCGGAUAACGACACGCCAGUAAUCUCUAGAUUCGUCAAACGCGCAGCAAUAGGUGCCAAGAAGGCAGGCCAUCAAACGGCACUGGUUCGCAAGGCAGCAAUCAUGAAUCGUGUCAGGCUGACCAUACGACAGACAGCAGUCACGCGUGGUCAUGAUCGAAUAUGGAAAAGAACAGGAUGGGGUGCCAUGAGACAUGGCUUCCAGUUAGUAACAGAUAGCACCGGUGCGAUGUUUCCGGGUAGAUCAGGAGAGCAGGUCCCCGGUCCUAUAGUUCCACGCGCAUGGCGACCACAUACUACUAGUACCAACGCCAAAUCUCCUCCAGGGAUGCUACUACCUGGGUUAAUAUCCUCGGAGAAACGAAUUGUGCAUAUGAACGCAGCGUCUAGCAGAGACAUGCCGCCAACAUCAUCCCAUACCAAGGCAGUAGUGGAGGAUACGUCAUUACCACUACCUCCUCCUCCUCCACCAGCUACAUAUAUCAUGACGCCAUUGGCCGGAGCGGAUGAAGACGAAGCAUCUUUUCCUGACUCAGACCUGGAUUCGAGGUAUACUGAGGCAAGCGAUGACGAAAUGGAUGAUGUAUAUGCUGACUUUGGUGUCCUGUUCGGUGGCGGGACAGAUUCACUCGAAGGUCUAGAGGAAGACGAGCAUUUCUACGAGGAAUACCUCGACGAAGUUGAUGGUAUCAUAUGGGCAUCGUAGGAUGUAGUGGAAUAGGCGGCGCUCACAGGUUCUGCAUUGCUGGUGUUAUUUACGGAAGCACUUCAAAAGUCUAGCAUAAAACAUCUUCAUCGUUAUGAGCGUAACAUCAAGCAUAUGGUAGCUCAAUCAAGUUAUCAUUAGCGGAUAAUUGGAAUACUGUGUUUGCAAAUUUCGAUAAGCAUAUCACAGUCAUGGUCGAAACUAGUUAAUGUUGCUUAUUUGCUUUGAAACCUACCUAAGGCCCAAGGGCCCUACUAUUCAUUUGUUAUGCAAACUCAGCUCUGUUGCCGAGGUAUAAUGAGAGCUGUAAACCUUUCUGC